AUGAUAAGCUCAAUAGUAUUUAUAAACUAAAAAGGAGAAAUAUUAAUAUAUAGAGUAUACAAAGAUGAUAUUGGGAGGGCUGAAACAAUGCAAUUUUGUUCCAAUAUUAUAGCUCGAAAAGAAAACAAAGAAUCUCCAAUAGUAAUAAUUGACGGAACUUCAUUUAUUCAUAUAUGUAAUAAAGACAUAAUAUUAUUAGCAACAACUAAAUGUAAUGUAAAUGCAGCAAUGACAAUAUAAUUUCUUUAUUAAAUGAUUAAUGUAUGUAAAUCUUAUUUCGGAGAUUUUGAUGAAAAUCACAUUCGUAAGCAUUUUGUUUUAAUAUAUGAAUUAUUAGAUGAAGUAAAGAAAAAAAAGAAAAAAAUAUUUUAUAUUUUCUUUUGUUUAUUUUUUUUUUAAUUAAAGGUUAUGGAUUAUGGAAUGCCUUAAAUGCUUGACCAUGAUUUAUUAAAAUAGUUUAUCUAAGAAGGUGGAUAAAAACAAGAAAUGAUGAAUGAUAUAGAAAAACUUAAAUAAUUAACGUCUUAAGCCACUAAUGCAAAAUCUUGGAGAAAAGAGGGCAUUUUUUACAAAAAAAAUGAAGUUUUUAUUGAUAUUAUUGAAAAUGUUAAUGUUAGUAUGUCUGUUAAAGGUACUAUUCUACGAGCAGAUGUUUCCGGGUAAGUUAAAGUUAAAGCACUUUUAAGUGGAAUGCCUGAUUGUAAAUUCGGGAUGAACGAUAAAGUGUUAAUGUAAAGAGAACCUUAAGCCCCUGGAGCAGCAAAUAAAUAAUCAACAACAGGAGCUACUACUACAGAUUAAAAAGGUAUUACUAUAGAUGAUUUAAAAUUUCAUCCUUGUGUAUUAUUACCUAAAUUUGAUAAAGAAAGAGCAAUAACAUUUACACCCCCUGAUGGUGAAUUUACAUUAAUGACAUAUAGAAUAACUGAAAAUGUAACACUACCAUUUAAAAUAAUGCCUGUAAUAAACGAAAACGGUAACAACAUAGAAGUUCGUGUAAAAAUAAAAUCCAUUUUCGACAGAACAAUGUUUGCCACAAACGUAUGUUUAAAAAUUCCUUGCCCUAAAAAUACAGCUUAAGCAAAUUCAUCUCAUAGUAUUGGAAAAGCAAAAUAUGAACCCGAUUAAGGAGCAAUAGUUUGGAGAGUAAAAAAAUUUUAAGGAGAUACUGAAGCUAUUUUAAGAUGUGAAAUUGUUUUAAGUAGUUCUUCUGCAAAUUAAACUUGGAUUAGACCUCCUAUUAGUAUGGAAUUUCAAGUUUCUAUGUUUACUGCUAGUGGAUUAAGGGUUAGAUUUUUAAGAGUUGUAGAAAAAAGUGGAUAUCAUCCUUUAAAAUGGAUUAGAUAUUUGACAAAAGGUGGUGAAUAUAUACAUCGUAUUUGA